CUUCUGAGGAGUCCAGUGACACUGUGCCAAGUAACGGUGAGACCUGAGAUGGUUCAUUCACUAUAAGAAUUAAGAAUUAAGAAGCUUGAAGCUUCAAUAUGAGUGGUCUCUCAAACAAAGCCAAACAAACAAAGUCGAGCUCUUUCUCUUCGUAUGUUUGGGGACAAGUCAAUAAUGAGUGAAAAAGGGAAUUGCAUUGGAUAUGCUGCAAGGGAUCCAUCUGGAGUUCUAUCUCAUUAUGAAUUUAGCCGCAGGGAUCUUGGAACCGAUGAUGUUUCCAUAAGAAUUACUCAUUGCGGAGUUUGUUAUGCUGAUGUGAUUUGGACCAGAAAUAAGCAUGGAGACUCCAAGUACCCUCUAGUGCCUGGACACGAGAUUGCGGGUAUUGUAAAAGAGGUAGGUUCAAAUGUUAAGCGGUUCAAAGUCGGUGACCAUGUUGGAGUGGGAACCUAUGUCAACUCAUGCAGAGAUUGUGAGUAUUGCAAUGAUGGACUUGAAGUUCAGUGCGUAAAGGGAUCAGUUUUCACUUUUAAUGGUGUUGAUGCUGAUGGUACAAUUACGAAAGGGGGAUACUCCAGUCACAUAGUUGUUCACGAUAGGUACUGCUACAAGAUACCUGAUAACUAUCCAUUGGCUUCCGCAGCACCUUUGCUUUGUGCUGGAAUUACUGUUUAUGCUCCUAUGAUGCGCCAUAAGAUGAACCAACCCGGUAAAUCUCUAGGCGUGAUUGGGCUUGGUGGUCUUGGUCACAUGGCAGUGAAGUUUGGAAAGGCAUUUGGUUUGAAUGUAACAGUUUUCAGCACAAGCAUAACCAAGAAAGAGGAAGCCUUAAGUCAGCUUGGUGCAGAUAAAUUUGUGGUCUCAUCUGACCAAGAGCAGAUGAAGGCUUUGGUGAAGUCACUUGACUUUAUAGUUGACACAGCGUCUGGUGAUCACCCAUUUGAUCCAUACAUGGCAUUGUUAAAGACGGGUGGAAUUUUCGUCUUGGUGGGAUUCCCCAGUGAAGUCAAAUUCAGUCCUGCGAGCCUUAAUCUUGGUAUGAAAACCAUUUCUGGUAGUAUAACAGGUGGAACAAAGGAUACACAGGAAAUGAUAGAUUUCUGUGCUGCUCAUGGAAUCCACCCAAUGAUUGAAGUAAUUCCAAUUCAAUAUGCAAAUGAAGCUAUUGACAGGCUUACAAAAAGGGAUGUGAAAUACCGGUUUGUGAUUGACAUUGAAAACUCCCUGAAAUGAUACCAUGGAAGAGAAGCAGAAUUUCUCUUCUUGAUAUGUUAUCAAGUUAAAACUUUGCAUGGUGUGCUUUAGGGUGAGAACUUUUUAUUGGAAUUAAUCUUCUGCAUAAUGGGUAAGGAGAUUAGAGAUUAUGUGAAUAAGGAGAUUAGAGAUUUUGUGAAUAAACAUCAGUUCCAUUUGGGAUUGAUUUUCUGAAUCAUGAUGAAACAAACUUUUCAUUUU